UCUUUAUUGUUUUCAGCGGAUUUUUCACAGAAGUCGUUUAGCUUGUUUAGAAAAUAGUUAUAGACCCUCCCCCAGUCUGUCACGUGAACAGAAGUGAUGAGAGAAAUCUCAACGCUUCAUUUCUGAAUCACAGUGACUGAACAAAGAAGUACAGUUUUCACAGGUAACACGUCCGAGGAAAAAACAGUCGUCUUCCACCGCCGCAUCUCACCUAAACUGUUAUAUCCAGUAAUCAUUGUACAAACAAAUAAAUCACAACCACUUCACUCUAACUUUGAAGAGUGGCGCGUCCGGUAGUAUCGCGAGUUUUGCUCGUCGGCGAGAAUUAGGUGUUGCUACUUUCCCGGGAAAAGAAACAUGUCAAUUUAGCUAACUCUCAAGCCAGCAUACACGAAACCGCAAACAAGACUUAAGAGGUGGCCCACUGAAUUCGUUGAAGCUGUAGUCUGACAUCGAUUUUCAGGAAUAAAAAUGUCCGCGGAGAAAAGGACCAGCUGGAUUCUGACUGGUGCUACGGUCGCUUGUGUCACAGCUUUGUAUGUGCCCUGUGUCCAGAGGACUGUCCCCGGUGGAGACUCAGGAGAGCUGAUCACCACUGCUUGUGAGCUGGGGGUGGCUCAUCCUCCAGGAUACCCUCUCUUCACCCUGCUAGCUCGCCUGGCCAUGUGUGUCCUGCCAUCACUCUCUGUAGCCCACAGCGUCAACCUGAUGGGUAGCCUGUUGGGGGCUGCAGCUUGUGGUGCCCUCUGCAUAACUGUCUGCAGGUUGGCAGGUCCUGGCCCUGGAGCAGUACUGGCAGGAGGGCUGUUUGCUGUGUCCAGGCUGAGCUGGCAGUGGUCCAUGGUGGCAGAGGUCUUCACCCUCAACAACCUUUUUGUCGGUCUGCUCUUCUUCCUGAUCGCCAGCUUUCACUGUGCUGAAAAUGCAACGCAAAGGAGGAAGAUUUCACAUUGGGGAGCGCUAUGCUGUGGCUUGGGGCUCUGUAACCAACACACCCUGGUGCUGUAUAUACUAGUUGUCAUUCCCUGGGUCCUUCACCGACUCUACUCUCAUAAGGAGCUGUCUUUGCGUGGCCUUGUGUCUCUGGGAGUAUGUUUCCUCUCUGGUUUCCUGCCGUACAUCUACCUGCCCAUCUCUUCCUACCUCAACACAGCCCGCUGGAGCUGGGGAGAUCAGACCACCAUGUCAGGCCUGCUGACCCACCUGCUGAGGGCUGAAUACGGCACAUUCAGUCUGGCAAAGACCGAGAGCCUUGUGAGCUUGACCACAAUGUUACAGGCCCAGAUGGACCACUGCCUUGCGGACCUUUCGCUUCCUGUUUUGGUACUGGCAGGAAUAGGCCUGCUCCUCUCCUCAUGGAACAGGACAUGUCGCUCAGUGUCCUGGCUGUUCACUGCCAUGCUGGUGGUCUACUCACUGUUUUUUGCUUGGAGAGCCAACCUGGACAUCAGCAGACCCCUACUGCUUGGAGUGGUUGAGCGUUUCUGGCUCCAGAGUGAUGCUGCAGUGUGUGUGCUGGCAGGCCUCGGCCUGAGCCAGGCUCACACUGAGCUGGAGAGGAGGCUGGGACGUGGGGGGGUGUGGAAGACCACAGGCUGGGUCCUCACUAUGGCUCUGCUGGCACAUAUGGUGCACACCAAUCACAGGGAGUGUGAUCAGAGCAGUAACAGUGUGGUGGAGCGGUUCGGGAGGGAGCUUCUGGCCUCCGUCCCAACAGACUCGAUCAUCCUGACCAGAGGAGAUCUGCCUGGAAACUCCCUGCGCUACUUAUACUACUGCCAGGAUGUACGGCCCGAUGUACGGCUCGUUGACCAGGAGAUGAUGACAUACACUUGGUAUGUGGCCAAGCUGGCGCAGCACCACCCUGGGGUCCACUUCCCUGGCCGCUGGUGGGAUCCGGUCCACCCUGAGGGGAAAGACACCUUCAGUCUGGAGCAGUUUCUGUCCCACAACACGCAGAGGGAUGUUUUCACCUGCAUUGGGCUGUCUGAUGGAGACCCUAGCUGGGAACGUAGCUUCUCUCGCUGGCCCCUGGGUGUGUGUGACUACUUAGUGCCAGUUCAGAGGCGGUUUCACCCUGAAGAAUGGGCUCGACGCACUCGCAACAUCUACAACUGGAGCGAGCCACACAACAGUUUCCAUCCUGCGUCCUGGGAGCAUGUCGCUAAUGAGGAGAUGUGGCAAGCCAGGAUGAAGACGGCUUUCUUUCUGUUUGACCUGGCAGAAAGGAUGCAGGGAGAGGGGAAAGCUCGCCUCUUUGAGCUGUCUUACACUCUGUAUAAGGAGAUUGUGGAGGCCCACUCAGACUACCCUCCAAACUGGGACAAGAACUUGGCACUGGCCUGUGAGAGGCUGCUUCGCUCGGGUCACCGGGGCUACAGUCCAGACAGCCUGCUGACCUGCAGCGCCCAGCACUUUAGUCUCUACUUAGAGAAGGACCCCACGGAUCCCCAGGCUCCUGCCAUACGCUCUGCCGUUACUCACCUGCUCAAAGAGAGAGACAGGCUCCGCCAGAGCCGCGGGCAAACCCCAUGACUAGAUCCAUGGAGACCUACAUGGAGCUGGCACACUGAGAGUGUGCUGUGAGCCCAGGCGAAGUGUGAGGCAAUGAGGGCGAAGUCUGAGCCAAUGUGCCUCUUGUCAUGGUUCGAGGGUGUUGCUCCAGAAGGACACAGACUGAUGCAGUGCUGUUAAGCAUAAUGGACUUGGCCAAAUUGGACUUACAGGUUUGGAACUGGACUUGGGAGUGCUGAUGCAGGAGCACUAGUCUCUAGUUAUCUAGUUUGUGCAGAGUUCUAGUUACAGAACUCUGCACAACUCUGCACUCAGACUGAGCCAUGCUUCAUUGAAUGAAUGUUUACAGUUGACCAGGGACAGAGCUUGACUUCAGGAAACCUUGACUGACCCCAAUCAAGCUGUGCGUGUUCCCCCUAAACUCACCAUUCGAUUGCUUUAUCGUUACAUCUCGUUCUUUUUUUUCUCCUCCUCUGCUGAUUAUUUUGCCUCAGCCACUGCUCCACUUCUCUUUUUCUCACAUUAGGAUGGCAAGGCCGAGAUUGAGGGAAACCCAAUUUGGGGGCAGAAAUGGGGGAUUAGAGCAGCUGUUUAAUCUAGGACAGACUUGUGCUGUGCCACAGAGUCCUCACUACGCAUCACCAAAACUACCCACCCACCCCUCUCUACAUCCAUCAGUCUAUCUUAGAUGGUCCUUUAAAUGUUUAAAACUAAUGGAUGAGUGUUUUUUUCUCUCUUCCUACCUAACCAGAGGGUUAUAAUCCCUCAUGGAUUUAAAUGAAAUGUGAAAUGUCACAAUGCCAGGGACCCUUUUAGAGGUGCGUUUGUGUGCUUGCAUGUGUGUUGAUUUGUGUUUGCAUGUCUGUGUGUGUGUGUGUGUGUGUGUGUGUGUGUGUGUGUGUGUGUGUGUGUGUGUGUGUGUGUGUGUGUGUGUGUGUGUGUGUGUGUGUGUGUGUGUGUGUGUGUGUGUGUGUGAGAACAUGCUUAAAUCUCCACCCAAGCCCUUUCCUUACCGGAACUACACAUAAAACAUAGUCGAUAAACAGAUCAGCACACUGAAAAACAAAGUGCUUUGAUCAUCGUAGAAGCACAGACUCCAGGGACGGACGUAGACACGCGAGUUUGUCGGCUUCCAGGAAAAUGGACUUACUGCCCUGUGGUUGCUGGGAAGGCAGUGUGGCAUGCAAAUACAACGAAUGGACCAGAAUCUCCUGUCUUUGACGUGUUCUCAGGAUCGGACACCUCAGUUCAACACAGUUUUUGUGAAUAUUGGAGCUGAUGUUAAUAAGCCUUGUGGCAUGAAAUUUGUUAAGCAGAGGUCAAACUAGUGUAUUGCUAUAAGCUUUAUAAAACACUGCUGAAGGAGCCUGCUGUUUGAGAUACCACUAGAAAGCGGAGGACAGUAAGUGCAUGUGUAGUUUUCUCAGAAUGUAAUCUGCCCUCUGUUUGCAGGCCUGGUUAGCGGCUGUCAGCUGGCUGGAUGAUGAGAUUCAACCUGCUGUAGCACAGAUGGUUUGCUUUCUCAAAAAAGGGAAAACUGUCACUCUACUUUCAACAGAUUAAUAUAUUCCAAUAAAGAUUUUGUUUAUUUUAAUA